UCGAGCGUCGGGCAUCCUGCGCUCCUUGCCUGCCCGCCGGCUUUGCGCUCCGUCCCUGAGCGCGCUCCAUGCGGCCGCCCAACAUGUCCGGGCACUUUCUGCUGGCUCCCAUUCCCGAGUCCUCAACGGACUGCUUCCUGCCCAAGGACAUCAAACUGGCUGUGCUGGGUGCCGGCCGCGUGGGAAAGAGUGCAAUGAUCGUGCGCUUCCUGACCAAGAGAUUCAUUGGCGACUACGAACCGAAUACAGGCAAGCUGUAUUCACGACUCGUCUAUGUGGAGGGGGACCAAUUAUCCCUACAGAUCCAGGACACUCCUGGGGGCAUCCAGGCGCAGGAUGGCCUCAGCCAGGCGGUGGAUUCCCUGUCCAAAUGUGUGCAGUGGGCCGAGGGCUUUCUUCUGGUCUAUUCCAUCACAGACUACGACAGCUACCAGGCCAUCCGGCCCCUGUACCAGCACAUCCGUAAGGUCCACCCUGACUCCAAAGCCCCCAUCAUCAUUGUGGGCAAUAAGGGCGACCUCCAGCAUGCUCGGCAGGUGCAAACGCAGGAUGGCGUUCAGCUUGCCAGCGAGCUGGGCAGCCUGUUCCUUGAGAUCUCCACCAGCGAGAACUACGAAGACGUCUGUGACGUGUUUCAGCACCUCUGCAAGGAAGUGAGCAAAGCGCACAGCCUGGCCGGGGAGCGGCGGAGGGCCUCCGUCAUCCCCCGGCCCCGCUCGCCCAACAUGCAGGACCUGAAACGGCGCUUCAAGCAGGCUCUGUCUUCCAAAGUCAAGGCUGCCUCUGCGCUGGGGUGAACCAGCUCGGAUAGACCUGGCUCCUUUUUCUUACGCAUUUGUGCAGCUAACAAGACUGGGCUUUUCCCCUUUUAAUCACGUGUUCAGAGUUUAUUUUUCUAAAGACUUUAUUAGUUUUCAAGUGGCUGCGUAUUUCCGCAAACUCAAGAGAUUGCCUAGAAGCUGGAUAGAGAUGUUUUUUCUAAAUAAAAGAACUUUUUAAAAAACUCCUAACUGCUAAGCACUUUUCCAUUAAAGGCAAC